UUUUUUUCCUCAUACUCCAUAGUCCAUACACCUAUGCAGUGCCUAUUUCCUAAAACCCUAAACCCCAAAUUCUUUUCCCGUUCCUUUAACAACAUUCCAAAAUCUCGCUCAAAGGCGUUCACAGUCCGAAGCAUGAGUUCCGGGUCACGAAUGUUCCAGCUCAAAGUCGACCCGCUUACAGGAAACUCCGAAUGGGUCGUCAUUGAAGAAGACGAGGCUUCAGGAGAUGGUAAUACAAAACAGCUUCUUGCAAAUACUUCGUACCUUGACAUGCUGAAUGAUACUCGAAGAAAUAAAGCUUACAGGGAAGCCAUUGACAAGACCAUAACCAUGCCGUGCCAUGUUCUUGAUAUUGGAGCCGGAACUGGUCUACUAUCUAUGAUGGCAGCCCGAGCAAUGGGUCAUGGAGAUUCAGUGGAGAGCUCGGGUUCUAAGGGGAUAGUUACCGCGUGUGAGUCAUAUCUUCCAAUGGUAAAAUUGAUGCGGAAGGUUUUGCAUGCCAAUGGUAUGCAGAGAAAAAUCCGCAUCAUUAACAAGAGGUCAGAUGAAUUAGAAGUUGGUGUGGACAUGCCUUCACGGGCAGAUGUGCUUGUUAGUGAAAUACUCGACUCUGAGCUUUUGGGAGAAGGGUUAAUUCCAACUCUGCAGCAUGCUCAUGACAACCUACUGUCAGACAAUCCAAAAACAGUGCCUUACCGAGCAACGAUAUAUGGUCAGAUGGUAGAAAGCACAGAUUUGUGGAAGCUGCACGAUUUGUUUAACAAUGAAAAAGGAGUACUAGAUGAAAUUCGUCUUGUUCCGGACGAAAUGGAUACAGCUUUAUGUGUCAAACGCCAACAAUUUUCCAUGCAUUGUGAUGCAUUAAAAGACAUCAAACUGCUAUCAGAACCCUUCAAAGUAUUUGAUUUUGACUUUUGGAGAAGGCCAGAGAGUCAUCGCGAAAGAGAACUGAGUGUAAAAGCUACUGAUACUGGCACUAUUCAUGCUAUAAUAUCAUGGUGGUUGCUCCAGCUUGAUGAAACAGGCACUGUCUUCUACUCCACUGCACCAAAAUGGAUAAGUUGCCCAUCUAGUGUGGAAGGACUAAAUUCGUCCAUCAGCCGUUGUCAGAACUGGUGUGACCAUUGGAAACAGUGUGUUUGGUUCAUCCCAAAGAAAGGUUUGUCUUUAUUGAAGGAUGAAGAAGUUAAUUUGCUGGCUGUUCACACUGAUACUAGCAUCUCAUAUGAAAUGAAGGCUUUGUCCCAGAACCUGAAACUUGGACAAAGUGAGCUCAGUACUCAGAAGUACCAAAUCACUUUGCCACCAGAAAAAAUUGCAUUAUACAGUGACGUCAGUUGGAGAUGCUCAAUGCUAAAUGCUAUUAAAAAUGCAGUGAAGCAGAAAAUGCCCUCCCUGUGCGUUGUUGUGGAUGAUAGCCUAUUUUUGGCUGUUGCUCUCACCCAUCUUGCAAAAGGGUCUCAUGUGCUAUCACUGUUUCCAGGAUUUCAAGAGAAAGGUGCGGAAUAUUUGCAAGCUGUUGCGGCUUCAAAUGGUUAUUCGAAGGAUCACGUAGAAGUCCAGAAGAUGAGUGAAUUGUUGACCUCUCAAAGUAGUCGGAGAAAGGUUGACUUGAUAGUUGGAGAACCUUUCUAUUAUGGAAACAACAGUGUGCUCCCAUGGCAAAAUCUGCGGUUUUGGAAGCAAAGAAGUUUAUUGGAUUCAUUCCUAUCAGAAGGUGCGGUAAUUACUCCUUGCAAAGGGUUGUUAAAGGCUUGUGCGAUGUCUCUUCCUGACCUUUGGAGAAGCCAUCGGUGCCUGCAAGAUGUUGAAGGUUUUGAUCAUUCAGUUGUCAAUUCCACAUUAGGGGCAUGUGGAGGUUUACCUCCUGGACAAGAGAAUCCUACUCUGCCCUUUUCAACCUGGCAAUGUGGUGAGAGCAAGAAAUUGAGUGACGUAGUUACUAUCAUGGAAUUCAAUUUCUUGAAACCGAUGAGCCCAUGUUCUGGAAAAGCUCAGGUAGAAUUUAUUGCGCGUGGAAAAUGUCACGGGUUUGUUCUUUGGAUUGACUGGGUGAUGGAUACAGAAGAGUCCAUUGUCUCGUCUACAGGACCAGAACAAAGAUACUGGAAGCAAGGGGUAAAACUUCUGAAGGAACCCGUGGCCGUGGGGAGCCAUAGAUCUACCCCUACAACCAGUGAUUGUCACUCAGCAGAAAUUAAAACAUCUUUUGAUCCAUCAACUGGUGACCUCAUUGUAGAUUAUGCUUUCUUAUAACCAAGACUGCCUCAAUUGUCCUUGGCCAAUUUGACCUGAUGUGAGUGUAUAUCUUCUCAAUGCCAUCCAAGUCCAGAGCUGUAAGUCAUCCUAAUUUUCUCAUUGUAACUGGCAUAAAUACAUUGGCGAUGAAGAUCUAGCCCAAAUUCUGAGGCCACAGCUUCGAGGACGUUACAGUUCUAGUGAUUCUCACUGUCAGCAGUACUUGCUCUGUAAUGCUGCCGAGUUUGCAACUCCGUGAUUGUGAGUUACUUUGUGAUUUCAUCCUUUUUUUUCCGCCAAAAUAAAAAAAGUACUAGCCAAAUGUGGCCAUGCGCGAAGAAGUUUUGCAUCUCGGUUAUGUAAUUUUGAUUGGAUUGAUCGAACAUUCUAAAAGAUUGAUAUAACAUUCUAAAAUGAAGAUUGAUUGAUUGACAAUUUAAUGUCCA